GAGACCACUGUGUGAUAUCAAUGUUAAGUGACAGCAACCAGUAGGAGGAGAUACUACACAGAGUGAGGUGCAACUCCCUCCCUCUCAGUUUUUAGCAAAGAUGACGUUUCCUAAAAAGAAGUUACUGUGGUUCUUCCAUUUCAUCCUUAUCUCUCUCUAUAUUUCAGGUAAGUAGGGGAGAGGGGUACAAAUACAUUUUAUAGAUGUAAAACCAGACGACACACUAUAUAUACUAUACGGUGGGCAUCUGGGAUGGUUGUGAUAAAAGUUUCCUUGGGGCUUGCAAUUUUAAUUCAUAUUGCUUUUAAAAUACUGACAGUACCACUGUAUUUAUAUAUAUAUAUAUAUAUAUUUCAGUAGAUGUUUAUAACUAAUACUUAUAGCGCUUUAAUGUAUUCUGGAACAAAGCGUCACAUGGUGCAUCUCAUAUAAGCCCAAUGAUACUCCUGAAGGACUAUCCUUUAUGUUAUCGGAAGUUAAGAUAUAUUUAUAAAAUAUAUGUUCCUAUGGUUUGAUGCAAGUAUAUAGUGAGAUCAACCGUAACUGGUUACAAGAAAACCUGUCCAUUUGGGCCUAGUGAUCAUCCUUGGAUUGCAAGCCUUGUGAGAAUCUCAUAAUCUAUUAUAUAUCUUGUCUGUUUGUAUUUUCUUUCUGUCAAACUGUUUUUUUUUCUUUCGCUGAAAUGAUCAAUACGUUUUUGCUUUAUAUAAUUGUCUGUUAUUAUAUUGUAUGCGUCACAGGUAAACCCCUUGUAAUGUUACUCAUAUUACAAUCGUAUCACUGUGCGCGUCCGACUUGUUUGUGUAAAACAUGUCGCGAUAUAUAUUGUAAAUAUUUUUGGGGUAAGACACCCAUAGUCUGUAGAAUAUCUCAAUAUGAAUUUGUUAUGAAUACCAGUUUAAACUAUAAGGACGUCAUUACUUUUUUCUGCAAUGUGUCGUAUUAUUUAUUAAAUAAGGAUGCAUAAAAAAAUUAAUAGAUCAUUCUAUUUUGCAAUAACUUACUAGCAGGUUUUACAUAAAUAAAAAUGGUUCAAAAAUAUGUUACGAUUGUAGAAACUAAAGCGAAAAUGAUAGUAACCUACUUUUAAUAAAUGUUUAUAUUUGCAGUUAGGAACUAUAGUAAAUCAUUAACUUCUAUAUCAAUAUUUAAAAAUAUAAACCACAUUUAAUGAGUAGAAUCUGUACUGUUACAAGGUUAACUAUUUCAGUACCAGAACAAUAUGAAUAUCUGUGUGCAAAAGGGAACAAAACAUGAAGAAAAUACCUACAUGGCAAACAAUUUUAGUAAAAACUAGAUGAAAGGAUUCGGGGGCUUAAAAUGGGAUUUUCUUAUUCAAGUGACCUGAAUAUUGUGACUGUUAGCAUCUGGGCCUAGUCAUUGAGAUCCCCCAGGUGUGAUUUAAGGGCAGAUCAGUUCAGACAUUUAAAACGAUUCCUCGUUCAUUAAACAGAAUGUGACAUUGUUUAUGAAAUGUCUGUUACAUGCAGGUGUGAUUAUAUCGUUCAUAUAUGUCGUUUUAUACUCUCCAUAUAGAAAAAAUGGACGAUUAUAAGGAUUAACAAAUAAUCCUAUCAGUUGCUCAAUACUGGAUUGUGUAUUUAGAAAUACUUUUGUAGGUGUGGGAGUUAUGGUCUGUUGACAACAUCGACAGUUUUAAAAUUUUUUAAGUAAAUUAAUUUAGCCUAAAUUUUGGUACUAGAUUAUAAACUCCCCACGAUUAACUGUUUAAUUAAGCGUCACAAUGCAUAUAAUCAACUCUAGAAAACUGGUCAUUUUUAUUAAAUUUCUGGUGACUUCAUCCAUUUGGUAAAAAAACAGAUUAAGGGAACAGUGCAAACACAAACAUACAGUUUAAAAUUUUAUGAGGAUUUUUAAAAUCACAAAUACAGGGAGUGCAGAAUUAUUAGGCAAGUUGUAUUUUUGAGGAUUAAUUUUAUUAUUGAACAACAACCAUGUUCUCAAUGAACCCAAAAAACUCAUUAAUAUCAAAGCUGAAUAUUUUCGGAAGUAGUUUUUAGUUUGUUUUUAGUUUUAGCUAUGUUAGGAGGAUAUCUGUGUGUGCAGGUGACUAUUACUGUGCAUAAUUAUUAGGCAACUUAACAAAAAACAAAUAUAUACCCAUUUCAAUUAUUUAUUAUUACCAGUGAAACCAAUAUAACAUCUCAACAUUCACAAAUAUACAUUUCUGACAUUCAAAAACAAAACAAAAACAAAUCAGUGACCAAUAUAGCCACCUUUCUUUGCAAGGACACUCAAAAGCCUGCCAUCCAUGGAUUCUGUCAGUGUUUUGAUCUGUUCACCAUCAACAUUGCGUGCAGCAGCAACCACAGCCUCCCAGACACUGUUCAGAGAGGUGUACUGUUUUCCCUCCUUGUAAAUCUCACAUUUGAUGAUGGACCACAGGUUCUCAAUGGGGUUCAGAUCAGAUGAACAAGGAGGCCAUGUCAUUAGAUUUUCUUCUUUUAUACCCUUUCUUGCCAGCCACGCUGUGGAGUACUUGGACGCGUGUGAUGGAGCAUUGUCCUGCAUGAAAAUCAUGUUUUUCUUGAAGGAUGCAGACUUCUUCCUGUACCACUGCUUGAAGAAGGUGUCUUCCAGGAACUGGCAGUAGGACUGGGAGUUGAGCUUGACUCCAUCCUCAACCCGAAAAGGCCCCACAAGCUCAUCUUUGAUGAUACCAGCCUAAACCAGUACUCCACCUCCACCUUGCUGGCGUCUGAGUCGGACUGGAGCUCUCUGCCCUUUACCAAUCCAGCCACGGGCCCAUCCAUCUGGCCCAUCAAGACUCACUCUCAUUUCAUCAGUCCAUAAAACCUUAGAAAAAUCAGUCUUGAGAUAUUUCUUGGCCCAGUCUUGACGUUUCAGCUUGUGUGUCUUGUUCAGUGGUGGUCGUCUUUCAGCCUUUCUUACCUUGGCCAUGUCUCUGAGUAUUGCACACCUUGUGCUUUUGGGCACUCCAGUGAUGUUGCAGCUCUGAAAUAAGGCCAAACUGGUGGCAAGUGGCAUCGUGGCAGCUGCACGCUUGACUUUUCUCAGUUCAUGGGCAGUUAUUUUGAGCCUUGGUUUUUCCACACGCUUCUUGCGACCCUGUUGACUAUUUUGAAUGAAACGCUUGAUUGUUCGAUGAUCACGCUUCAGAAGCUUUGCAAUUUUAAGAGUGCUGCAUCCCUCUGCAAGAUAUCUCACUAUUUUUGACUUUUCUGAGCCUGUCAAGUCCUUCUUUUGACCCAUUUUGCCAAAGGAAAGGAAGUUGCCUAAUAAUUAUGCAUACCUGAUAUAGGGUGUUGAUGUCAUUAGACCACACCCCUUCUCAUUACAGAGAUGCACAUCACCUAAUAUGCUUAAUUGGUAGUAGGCUUUCGAGCCUAUACAGCUUGGAGUAAGACAACAUGCAUAAAGAGGAUGAUGUGGUCAAAAUACUCAUUUGCCUAAUAAUUCUGCACUCCCUGUAUUGGCAAAUAAUAUAGGCAUUUAGUCACAAGAUAUGGCCAUAUCUACUGCUGCUUCAAUAAGUCUACCCCCAACAUCGGUGGAUCCUACACUAAUCUUAACAUGAGAGAUAAACUUCAAUUUUGUAUUCACCAUUAAAUACAAAAUUAUCACAGAUGGCGACAUCUCACACGAUUCAUUUUCUUUUGAGAUUAAAAAACAUUCAAAAACCUGGGGCAAUAUUUUCAGGUCUAUAGCUGUUUAAUCCAUUUUAGGAUUUUUUCACCUCCGAGUUUUGUUGUAAAAUGCUGAACGGAUGGCAUGUCACUGUUUGUGAUGAAUUUUAAAUAUCAUACAGUGUAUGGAUAAGACGGGAACCAUUUUUAGUGAAUGGAGUUCAUGGGAAGCAAGAGGAAGUUGAUUUUAGGUAUAUCAAUUUGUUUUUAAUCUGCCACAGAAAUCAGCAGGCCGAACUUUUUAAUCUGCCACAGAAAUCAGCGGGCCAACCCGAGGAAAUAAAAUGGCACUGGUUAAGGAAGCCAUAAACUAAUAAAUAAAGCUGUUUUAAUAUUUUGAAAACACCAGUAAGAGGGCUUAGUAAAGGGACAGUUGGGUCUUCAUGUUUGUUUUGGGUCCACAGGCCCCCUGCUGUUUUAACAAUAUGGCAGCUUAGUGGUUCUUCAACAUUCCCUCCAUUAAUGUUUUCAAGGGAAAUACAAAAAUUUAAUUCCAUAACAAGAUACAAUCAUUGAUCAGGAAGUUCAUGUUAUUUACAAAGCAACUCAUAUAUGUUGGAAGUCACUAUAUUUUAAUAUUAGCCUUGUGGUUUUGAUUGUGUUUUGUUUCAAACUCUUGGAGCAGAUUUGGCAGAAACUGACCCAGUAGAGGCACGGAAAAGGUACAUUUUGUGCAUUUGUACAAAAACAUGACAUAAGUAAAGAACGACAAGAUGGAAUUAGACAAAAUGCACAUAUUCAAUAAGGAAGCAUUAAUAAGGUUACACAGAUUUGUAACACUACAUGUACAUUACUUAUGACAAUCAAUAUUACUUGCUAGCGAUUGACAUCUUUAUUCAGCAUUAAUAAUAUACGUUUGUUGUGGAGCGCUAAAUCGCGCUUGUAUUAUCGGGAAGUUCUAAAAGAUUCUCACUGAUCCUCAAAGCCCACCAAAACAAAGCUAUCAAGUAAAAGGUGAAAUAAAAUAGGAUAUAUUCUGGAUACAGAUAACAAAAAUUGAUUUUUUAAAAAUAAAUUUAGAUAUUUGAGACCUCAGAGUGAAGGUGUCCGUAAAGAUUGUUUACUAUCUACAAAUAAUGGGGCGCUAAGUAGUCUUUAAUAAAAUACCUAUAUAGAGGCCCUAAUGUACUCUUCAGUAUCACUCAUUCGUAUGAAAAUAGCAAACAUUGAUCUUAAGAGCUUACAAUCUAGAUGAGUUUGAUAGAUUAAAUAUGCAAGAUAGCAGGAAAACCGAACACUUGGCCUUCCUAAAGAAAUGUAAUUAUUUGGCAGGUAGAUAGAUUAUUUGCAUGCUUUUUAAAUACUUUAUGUAUAUACAAUACAUAUAUUUCUUUGUGCUUUACAAAUACCAUUAUUAUUAUAAAAAGAAGAUACAAAAAGGAGCAUAGCUGAGACAUUUUUCGACAAGGUCCGAAAGCACAUCUGUUUUAACCGCCGGUUUCAGGUGGCACUAGGUUGUUUAAUUAAUAUUGUUAUCUAGACUUGCAUAUUGAGUAUUUUUCCACAGUUAUAUGAAUAUUGUUUAACCCCUUAAGGACACAACUUCUAGAAUAAAAGGGAAUCAUGAUGGAAUAUUUAUAAGGGAUUAAAACCAGACAUACACAAUGUACAACUUUUAAAAUAGGGUUUUGGACAUAUACUUAAGGUAUUCCUGUAAAUUAAUUUAUGAGUUAUUAUGAGUUAUUAUAAGACCUGCAAAGCAAUACCCAAUAUUGGUAGGCAGUCUUCCCCUACACUACACUGUAUUACACAGUAUUAUCACUAUAAUACAGAGAAUGUACAGGAAACUAACACCAACAUAAACCCUUAACAAUGUGAUAAGGAUUACACUGAAUAAUCAAAUUAGUUCUUAGUUCUUAAUUUUCAUUAAUAUUCCAUUCUCCAGCUAAACACUUCCACAGCUAUUUAGUAAAGUUAGAAUUCGAAGUGAAUAUCAUAUUUAAGGUCAGAGUAGCCAACCUGAAAGCAUUGCUGGCUCAGAGAAUUUUUCUAGUUUGGCAAUUUUGACCUUAAAUGUCAAAUUCACCUUGAGUUCACCUUGAAAUCUCACUUUUGUGAAUAACCCUGUUAGGCUUGCCAGCUGUUAGUACAUAGUUUGUUGGAACAUUGCAAUUUGCUUUUUUUUUAAUAGGGGAUUCCAGGAAACACACUAAGAGAGUCUUUUUAUUAAUCAACACAAAACAAAGUGAUCGACAUAUGGGGGUCUUCGUUCAGGAGUGAGAUGUGUGAGUAAUGGAAGCAGUGGGUAGGAGGAAUCCCAUGUACAGUCACAACAAGAUAAAGAGAAUAUUUUGGUGUCUGUUUACAUACGUAUUUUGUAGAAACAGGCCUUUUAAAUUAUUUGGAAUUUACUUAAAAAUACUUAAAAUUAAAAACAUCUGUAAUCGCUUGUAAAACAAUUAAUAAUCUGUACCACUCUGAGACUUCCACACAAUACCAAUGAAGGAAGACAGACAUAUAUAUAUAUCAUUAUUUUUAUUUGUUUUACUUAGUUAAAAUGUUUUAUAUUUUUCUUUUAUAUUUACCAAUAUCAGAAUGUGUUGAUGACAUGGAUUAGAUACGCCCUUUUUUUCUUUUAUCAUUUUCUUCUGCACACCAAUAAAAUGUGGGUAGUCUUCUUAGCAGCAAUAUUUUAAUCCAAAAUGUAGACCUAUUUUGGAUUGAAGCGUUCCCACGUCCAAUCUAUUUUCUGGUGGAGUAAAACUCCUGCCCACAUUAGCCCGGUGUUGAUUCAAAAAUGAAAGAAAGAAAAUUGAUCAAAAAUCUUCUCGGGCAGGUCAGAAAUUCUAGAAUGGAUGGAAUCAUCGUAGAAAACUGUUAAUAUUUAACAAUAUUGUUUAAAUGUAUGAUAAAGUGAUGGGUAUUCUUACUUUUGUUCUGCAAAUUCUUUUUUACUCGCUCACUAUCAGUUUGAUCUGAGACCGCGCAAGGUUCAAAAAGAUUUCCUUAUGAAAUCUCAUCACGAAAAAUUACUAAAGAAAAUGGAUCUUUAGAAAAAAAAAAAGAGAUUUAAUAGAAUAGAAGGUGGUACAGAAUUUUAUAUAUGGAUAUGAAUGCAGUAUUUUAAUACAGGUAAAUAUACUGAUAUAUAUUUAACAUAACAAAACUAAUUUUAGGCUAAAUACAUUAAAUUACAGUUUUUUAUUCUAGCUCAAUGCUAGCACUAGCACAGGUUAACACUAACCACUAAAGUCAAUUAUUAUCAUUUAUAAAGCGCCAACAAAUUCCGCUGUACAAUAGGUGCACUAACAGACAUUUAUUUGCAACAAUGCGGUUGGACACACAGAAACAGAGGGGCCUGCUUAAAUUUGCUUGCACGUUAGAGUGAAUGGGGUAAAGUGACACAAAAUAUAAGGAUAACAUGUAUUUCAUGUAUGGGAAAAGUAGGUUGCUAGAAGAGUUUAUACAUUUUUUAAUUUUAAUUUUUGAUAAUACAGUAACAGAAGAGGAAGCAUGGUGGGUUACCAAGGUGUGGCGAGGGAACGCUGUUUGCAGUUUAAUAAAGUAAAAAAAAGAAAGUUCAUCUACCUAGGAUUCUAGACAAUUGCAAUAAGAACAAGGGCAAACCUUGGUCAAAGUUGUAAACUUGAGCAGUCAGUGGCAAAAGUCCAUUGGUUUCCAUGGUAAAUCUCUACAAUUGUGCUCCACAGAUGCACUUUGUAAACGAACCCUGGUAUUCUCGGAAUCUGAUCAACACAAGUAUUCUUUCUCUAUCUAAUAUUAAAAUCUGCGAGUGCUCUUACAAAGUGCAAUAUAUAGGGCCUUCUAACCUCGAUCUUGGUAAAGCACACCUGUUCUUUCAACAAAUAGUUACUCAAGCGCUAACACAAGAGAAAAAUAUAUUUAAUGCUUCAGCUCUUUCAAAAUACCAUUCCUUCUCCUUCCAGAAAAUCUUGGACUGGGUAAAAAAAUAUUUAUUGGAACUAAUUAAUCCAUCUCUUCAAGCCCUCUACUAAUGCUCCCAUUAUACACCAUUUUCAUCCAUCCUUCCAUCUGACGGGGCAAAAACCUUCACCUUCAUAGUAAAAUAAAUCUUAUCUGCUACUUAUUAUAGAUAGCAGGUGGAGCAAACUGUUAACUUAAAUGGCCAUAACAUUCCUAUGAGGUCUAGAUUUGCAUUUUGGCCCAUUUCUAGAACGUUUGCAAGUUUGAAGCUUUCUAGUGAUAUCCUGUGCUUAGAUUCACAGAGACAGCGCUAUUUUUUUUUUUUUUCUUAAAUAUUGUUCAUGAGUAUUUUUGUGCAUUAUAUUAAAAAUAACCCAUUGCAGCAAAAAAAUAUAUAUGCAUCCAAUUACGGGAAGAGCAGUAUAUCCAGUCUAAUUUUCAGAAGAAUCGAAGUCUAGCCUUGUGUAAGGUUUCUCUGGAAACAAAUGUCGAUUAGAUAAAUAUUAAUAAUUGCUUACAGCAGCUGUUUUUCUAUAGUCAGCUAAACCCAAAAAAUAAACAAUGGACAUGGAAAAAAAACCUAAAAUUCCCAAUAUCAAAUUAACAAUCAAAAGAAAGUUACAUGCUGAUCAAAAUGAAUUGACUAGAAAAAGAGAUUCCCUAAAACUUUUUAAUGACCAUGAGGCAGUGAUGUCUAAAGAUGUCCAUGUAUAUGGACAUAUAAUCUUCUGUACAACAGCCGUAAAGUGACAAAGACAAUGUUCCUACUUAGAGUUACCUAUUUGCUUUUAUAUCCAUUCCAGUUACCUAUUCAUAAAAUACUUUUUCUUUAAUUAUUUUAUCUUCUUCAAAAAAUACAGGAAAAAAAAUGAAAAAGUGAAUUUUUCAGUCUUUAAAAUGUCAAGAAUCUUCAUAGCUGAAGUUUUACAAUAUCUGAUGAUCUACCAUUUGGACAUCCUUGAGUUGAACAGUUUCCAUGUACUUUUUCUGAUUUGUUUGUAUUUAUUGUCCAUUUUGUAUUGUUUUAUUGUUUUGCUUGUUAUUUUUUUUUACCUUUGGAAAUGCGUUUAUAAUUCCUUGGGAGUGUAAAAAUGGCUGGGAAAUGAAUUAAAAGUAAAAAUAAUUUGAAUGCCAUCCCUAAAUUCAUAAACAUUCUUUAGCCAACACAAAAUUUUUUAAAGAAAUCUGGUGUAUAAAUGCAAUGCAUUGGUUUAAAAAAUAUAUUUAAAAUGUAAGGUAAUGCAAGGGUACAUUAUAAGAAUUAUAAGAAUAAAAAAAACUUUUAAUCUAAAAACAAUAAUUGAAAAUAUGUAAAAAUCUAUAGCAAAUGUUUUGUUUUUUUAAAAUACAUUCUUACUGCCUUAUCUAAUGAAACAUUUCUUUACCUCAACCGUGUCAAAGACUUCUUGUGAUGAAGAUCUGAUAUUGGCACGGAACUCCUUUUUGAUGGAGUAUACAAAGUCGAUGUUCUUGCCCCCCAAAACAAUUCUCCCAGUCAUAUAUGCUUCUAGAUCGGGUAUUCCUGACAAUUCUCACUUAAAUAAAUAGCCCUGACUAAAUUUUUCUCAUCACUACUAUGUGCAAGUAUGAGAAUUCCAUGCGUACAGUUAUACACUAAACAGGCAGUUUAGAGAAUUCUAUAAAAAUAUUUUUGGGCCAAAAUAAACACGUAGGAGUAUUUACUGUGUUGGACGUAAAAUUAGCAUUUUCCUGGACAAUUACCUGUCAAUUCUCUACCAUCACCAGUAAGUGAGUAAACCCAGCAGUGUUUUAACAGACAUUUCUCCAUCAAAAUGAAUACUUACUUUUAAUUUUUCACUAAAGUUAGGAUUCAUAGAGAACUUUGAAUUUAAGGUCUACAUAGCGGAAUUGGAAACAAUCCUCUACUUCAGCUGUGCUUCCAUUUUACCUACAUUGGCCUUAAAUUAGAAAUCUACUUUGAAUUCUUACUUUAUUGAAUAACGUUAGUGAUACAUAUAGUGUUUUAACAAUAGGGGACACAGCUUGGAAAUUGAAAAAUAUGCUUCGAGUCAAGUCGAUAGGUUACAUGAUCAGAUAUUAUCAACAACAAACAGCAUAGCAACAAUUCAGAAAGCACAAUUCCCGAGAGAGCAUACAAUAUUACUAGGAUAAUAAGGAUGUUGCUUAAGUUAUUGACUUAAUAGUUGGUGUUGGGCUCAUAAAAUGCUAAGUCCACCACCCUGCUUACAAGUGCCCCAUUCAAUGGAUGCUAAUAGGAGUUUUCAAAGUGAAUUUCAAAAUUAAAGCAAAAGUGGCGAAAUUAGAAGCAUAUCUACGUUCGAGAAUUUUUUAAUUUGAGCUAUUUUGGCCGUAAGUAUGAAAAUUCACUUUGAAUUCACUUUGAAUUGAUGACAAUGCUCACUUUAUUGAAUAACUCUGUAAUUGUCUUUAGCAGAGAUGAAAGAGAGUAAAAUAUUGAAAUCUUGGAUUACAUAUUAAUAGUCCUAUUCAUGUUAACGUCUGCAUGCUCUGUCAUCAGAUUAUGUUACUGAGUGUUGUAAGAUAGCGUAAUCAAAUAUCUUCCUUGAUCAUUGGCUUCGGCAGAUACAGUACUUACCCUUAUCAUUAGCAGAUACAUUGCAAAGGUUCCUACCAUGUAUGAGCAGAUACUGUCAACAGUUUUCUAUCCUGAACACUAACAGAUUCUGUUAGUAAAUCUACAUCAUGAACCGGUACCUUUACAAAGCUCAAUUCUAGCACAUUAUCAGGUUUCUUUACAGGGGAGGCCUGACCAUGUUUGACCUGGGGGACAAGGCUGAAAGAUUGUUUUUCUUGUAAAACUCACAGAUAGCAGUGUAGAUGGUGCUACUCAUAUGAUGCACAUGAUGUAUGGGUUUAACAGAUGGAGGAUGCUGUUGUUGCAAGGUGUGACAUCAUUUAUACACAUCGAGUGGGCCAUCUGAUCAGCUAUAUCAGGGGUAGAGCAUUAUGGGAAACGAAUCUGCAGUGCAAAGGUUGCCUCCCCCUGAUCUAGAUACUGCAGUCCACAAUUCCUGUCUAUUGCCUCACUCCUGCAUUAUUGUGCUAACAGAGUUUCAACGCACCUUUUUCGUUCGAUUCAAUAUUUAAUAUUGAGAAGAAUGCCUUAAGUCCAGAGCCACAUUUCCCUUUGGCAAACUUCCCAAGUUCGUUGCCUGGGGCCUUUUCCCCUUUUCCACCAUUGCCAUCUCUCCCAUCUUUCUUUAGCUGGUUAAGUGCUUUAAGAUUAGUAAGUACCUUAAUGUCCAAUAUAUUAGCUGGUAUAUUUAGAUAUUGUAUUGGCAUGAACCUUAGGUUGAUAUUUUUUUAUCAGAGAAUCAGAAGGUUCUUUUGGUACAUUCCUGCAAGCCCGUUCCUGCCCUGAACAGUAGCAGGUAGACUUGUGCACAGCAAAAAAUUUCAGUUCCGCUGAAUUUUUUGUUUUUCCUGAAAAUGAAAUGUACUUCGGGACUACACUUGGGACUCAGUUGACAGUUCUGCUCAUCCAAAUAUGAUCUAUGAAAUAUAUAUCGGGAAAACGAUUCAGAUGAAUCAAAAAGAGCAUGAAAGCGGGCCAAACAGUGUCUUGUAAAUAAUAUUAUGUAUAUAUUUUGCAGGCCCCUUUUCCUGCCAUUUGGUUACCAGAUCAAAUGAGCAACAGUAACCAAAGAAGGGAAAAAGAGUAGGAGCAGUGAAAUAAAUAAUUAUAUUUAUUAAAUAUAUAAUAUAUAAAUAUAGAUUUAUUUAUUUUUUACUGCUCCUACUUUUUUUUCUCUCUGUUGGUCACUUCUCACUUGAUCUGUGACUAAAAUCAACAUUAAGUUGCUGUCCCGUAACCAUCAUACCUCUUUUUACUCAUCAAUCUCCACCAAUCCCUUUUUUGGAACCACAGGCGGACCUCUGAAUACAUAAUCAUGGAUGGCUAUCGCGACAGUCGUUUGCUCGGUUAUACGUAUGUCGCUUCUGAGAUAACGAAUUCAGCUAAAAAGCUGAUUGGACGAAUUCAGACAAAUUGCAAUUUGGCCAAAACUGAGUCUAUUAACACGUACCAUCUGAAGCUUUCCUCCACGAACAUUACCAGGUUCCUUCAGCAGUUUAUUUGCCCACACAUUUCCAGCAUAUAUUUUUUAUUCAAUGUGAUUGUUAAAUCAAUGGUGAAGUCAAAAUCUAAACCCAUAAUAAACAAUAUUUAAAUUUAGACUCAAAGAGGAAAAUAAUGUAGUUAGAAUGGUUCGUUCACUUCUACUCACCCCAAGCUGUAUAUCAGCUCCUUGUUUUAGUAGAACCAUGCAUGUAUCGGUUCCAAAGUAUAGUGAUUUCAGCAACUACAAUGCACAAUGUCUUUGGAUCAAUGGGCAUUUUGACUGACCAUGCCAUUUUACUUUGUCUUUUUUCCUGUAAUCUAUAAAUGCUGACGUUUUAUGUUCGGCAUUUAUACAUAGCAUCAUAAUAGUUAAUUUAUUAAAUAGUGAGUUGUGAUGAGCUGACAAAUGGCUUGUUAAAUUUAGGGCCAAAUUAAAAAGGUUAAAAAAAAGCAAUCCCUUCAGUUGCGCCACAGUCAGAGACUUUUCCUGUUUCUGCAUUAAACGAGGAAAAGCUGUUUCCUCACUCGGCAGGAGUCACAGAACGACAGUCAGAAUUUACACAUUUUCUUUAUUAUGAAUAGGUAUAUCAAUUAAUAUAAAUUGGUAUAAAAAAAAUAAAAAAAUAAUAAUGAUUUAAAAAAAAUGUAAUACACUUCUAAAGGUAUCUACUAAAUCUUACUUAAUUUUAUUCUUUACAAAGACGUAACAAAAAAUUUAACCUUGCAUAUAAUAUAUAAUACCAAAUACACAAACACCUACACGUCUUUAAAUGUGGUCAUUACAUACCAAUAUACCAUAAACAUUAACUCACGGAAAAGAAGAUUUCAAAUCUCACAUCUCCAAAAGAAAGGCUGAGGGUCUGUUUUUGAAAAAGCCCACGCUGUGGUUUAUGAUUCUUCUAAAAUUCUAUUUAUACAUAACGUGACAAUAGAAAUUGUUGCAGCCUUUAUAUAAAUGUAAUUAUUUUCCAGAAAAUGAUGUUGUCUUGGGAACAACUUAAUAAAACUGCUAUAAAUAGAGUUAUCAAUAUCUCUGUAAUCUGCCCUUGAUUAUCUUGUUACAUGUAAUAUAUUGAUAUACAGUAUAUAUAUUGAUUGUCUUGCUGCACGUUAGAAAAUCAUACCUGGGGAUAAGAAAGUAACAACUUAGCAUUGUUUCACUUAUUCCCAUCUACGUUUGUGAAGGAAUUUGUCUGUAAAACAUCUGCGUAUGUACACUCUCAGAGUUUUUCACUAGAUGAGUACUAUGCAUGCACACUGACCUAUCCAAGAACUUAUAGAGGACAAGUUACCCAAAGCUGCGUUUUAAGGGAACCUGACCUGUCAUGACAGCUCUAUGUUUGCAGUUUUCUUAUUAUCUGACUUGACUCAUGUUAUACAUAAAAGCGUGUCUAUCAUUGAUACUAUUAAAAGCUUCUAUUUUAUUUCCGUUACCUCUAUCUUCUGCUGAGAGCCUCAAUCAUGUUUCAGUGGGUGCUACACUUGCUUUAAGACUGACCUUUCCUGCAUACCCUGGUCUGGGAAGACCCCAACACCUUAUGUUGGCUUUGUGUAAAAAAAACAUCUGUCUCUCUUCAUUCUCAUAUUGCAUGUUCAAAUCUGCUUCAUUCUGGCUGUUUCUCUCCUCCAUCCAUGCUGCUCUCACACAGAGCCUGCCCCUCGUUCCCCUUCCCCUUGCAGGCAUUGCUUUCCCUCCAGUUGAAUUCAAGCAGGAGAGAUGCCCAGAGUGGGGUUCCUUAAUAACAAAAAUGCAGAACAUGUCUUAUCUUAGUGCUGAUUUGCACAGGUUCAGCACAGACGGAGCUGACUAAGAUGAGGAGGGAAGGGAUGUUUGUUAACCUCAGAUUUUAAGAAAUCUCGACAUCUGAUAACAAUUAUACUAACACAACCUAUAGAUGAAAUUUCGCUCUCUGUCAUUUAAAGUUAAGUUGUAUUUUUCAUGACAGGUACCCUUUAAGAUGUGAGAGGGGUAUGUCAUAUCUCCCACUGCAUUAUAUUCCAGAGAUAUAUUCCAGAGAUCAAUAGAUAAAUAAUCUUGAAAUAUACCGUACAUGACAGCUAUUGUUAAAUUAAAAUGACUGUGUGUAUGUUUAUGUUGUCUUUCAGGUAUACAUUGUUUUGCUUCUGUAACACAAACCCCAAAUUCCUCUUAUUCUCUGGUGAACUCACAGACUGAGAUAACGUGUGCCAUGAAAUCUUAUUCCAUCGACCAGUUGAAAAUUUACUGGUAUCGAGAGAGCAGUAUGAUGCCAAAUGCAGAGUUCGUUGUGGGAGCAUCAGUGACAGGAAGGAAUAAUUACAACGACAAUUUUGAAAGCAAAGAUCGUUUCUCCAUUACAAGGGAUGCUUUUCAUCGUUCAUUCAUCCUGAAGAUAAAAAACGUGCAUCGCUCAGAUACUGGAGUUUAUUAUUGCAUGGUAGAGGAGGCAUCAAAGAUGGUCAUUGGGAGUGGAACAACGUUAUAUGUUGGUAAGAUAAUACGCAAAAAUUCUCAACAGAGACGUAUAGUUAUGUCUGGCCGGAUGUAUUGUGUACAAUAUUGCACCAUUACAAAUAUUCCAUAUCUAUAAAGGUUCUAUAGUACCUUUGUAUGUGGUGCAUUUGCCCUUGAUAAUGCUGAAUACAAUUAAAGAUAUACAAUUAAAGAUAUAUCACAGACAUACCUUAAAAAGAGAAUCUAUAGUUCUCCUUCAAUAUCGAUGAAUGAAGGUGUUUAAAUCAAUACAGCUGAUUGUAAUUUUCCCGAAGGCUCUGUUAACCUGAAAUCUUGCUUUGCUAAAUAUUACAAUAGUUCACAAACACCUUUGGCAAGACUAACGGCAAUAAUACUUGUAUACGGCUUUUAAAAUUAAUGUUGUUGCUAAUGUGUGUGUUUGCUAUCUCCAAAUAAUAUUUACUUGGUAUGAUAACUAAAUAGCUUACUUCUUUACUGACAGACUGAUAACAUCCAAUCUUCAGGCUGUAUUAAAAAAAUAGGAUUCUAUUGUCACACAUUUUCAGGACAUCUGGUAGGUCCAAACAUAUGUCAUGAAACCUGUGUAGCAAACUGCCUGCUUUUUUUUUUUUUUUAAAGUUUCGUAGGUCCUUUGCUUGAAUCAUAACCGCCUCAAAGACAGCUAAUGGAACAUAAAUAGCCCCACUUUAAGUAAAUUUCAAUUUUAUUUAGGGAUAGUAUAGAAAAUAUCCUAUCCUGCAUGUAAGCACUGACUUUAAAGAUUUAUUUUAUCCAACUUUCCUAUCACAAUUCUGUCCAUAAGACAUAGAGAGUGACAUGUUCAAAUUAAAGUGACGGUUGAUUUCUUAGGGCAGUCUGUAGGUGGUAUAUCAUUUUACAUAUUCAGUAUUGGGCUUUUAGAAAAUAAAUUUACUUUUGGGUGGAACAUUUUAGCAGAAAUAGUGCACACAUUCUGAGCACUAUUUUUCAAAUUAUUAUUUUUUUUUAAAUUAUGAAUAAUUACAUCUGUAUGUGCGUGGAUGUCGCUAAAGUUGUAUAAAUUGAUAUAAUCAAAAGACAUUGUAAACUCUUUGAAAUGGAAUUUAGAAAACAAAAAGCUAUUUUGUUUUAUGGUAUCUCAAGAUAAAACCCAAUAAUAUUCAAAUUUUUCAAACACAGAUGGUUUUGUUUAAGGUUGUGGGGGACACUGUAAGUGUGCUUAAAACAAAUGGCAAAACUGAAACAAAUUCAGAAGCUGACAAUAAAAUUUGCAAAAAGGAGGGAUAUUAUACAUAUAUAAUCUUGCUUCUCUUUUAUUUUGAUAAAGACUUGUCAUCCACAAAAAGGGAUUCACUCUAGUCUUGAAACUUCGAUUUUAAGUCAGUUCAAAAAGUAGGACAACUCUAUGAUGAAACUGUAUUUGUAUCACUAUAAUGUCAUUAAACCAUAACAAAAAAAAAGUCAUUCAAAAAGACACGUAUUGUACAGAAGAGUACCCCGCACUAUACGUUUGGAUUGUAUGGUAUUUGUGAUUAAGGUGAUAUGGACUAGGACUCCUGUCACUCUUGGCCAGGUUUAACCUAUUGCUUAAAGGGACACUAUAGUCACAAAAAUAACUUGAGCUUAAUGAAGUAGUUUUGGUGUAUAGAUCAUGCCCCUGCAGUCUCACUGCUCUGUUCUCUGCUAUUUAGGAGUUACAUCACUUUGUUUAUGCAGCCCUAGUCACACCUCCCUGCAUGUGAUUUACACAAACUUCCUAAACACUUCCUGUAAAGAGCCAACUAAAGUUUGCACUACCUUUAUUGCAAAUUCUGUUUAAUUCAAUUCUGUUAAUAGCUUGCAAGACACUGCAGGAGCUUCCUGUAUGUGAUUCAAGUUCAACUUACAGGGCAUGAAAUAAAACAUGUGAUUGCAAAUUAAACCAUGUUUUUGUUUUCAUGCAGGCUGUCUGUAUCACAGGGCUACAUAAAAAGAAACAAAAGUGAUUUAACUCCUAAAUGGCAGUGAAUUGAGCAGUGGAACUUCAAAGGCAUGAACUAUACACAAAAACUCCUUCAUUAACCCCUUAAGGACGGUGGGCAUUUUAUGCCGUCCUUCGGGACCCGGCUCUAAAUGCUGGCAAGUGACAUUGAACGCCCAAGUCGGCGAUCGCAGUGGGGGGACUCACCUGGGCCACGUGAUUGCGAGGUCCUUGCAAUCACAUGGACGGUAUAGCCGUCCACAGCACUGCCAGCUGGGGGAGUGCCUGGAAUGACAGGUAGUCCCCUUGCUGCCUGAAAAAAAAAUAAAAACAGUUUAGUAACCACUUAGCCACAAACACUGGCCAAAAUUGGCAUACAAAUUAGUUUUUUGCAUUUUUUACACACAAACAACUUUUAACACAAACUUUGGCCAGUGUUUGUGACCAAGUGGCUACUAAAAAAGACUGGACAUACUCCAUUUGCAAUACCUUGGGUUUUCUACUAUUGCAAAUGGUAUGCCAUCAUGGGGGUAAUUCUCAUUCCUGGGCUACCAUGCGGUCUCAAAGGCAACGUAACCAAUCUGGCGAAUUUUAAUGUGAAAAAACUGAAAAAUGUAACACGCUAUAUUUGACCCUGUAACUUCCUAAAACACCAUAAAACCUGUACAUAGGGGGUACUGUUUUACACAUGAGACAUCGCUGAAUACAAAUAUGUGUAUAUUGCAGUAAAAGCAAACAGUAUUUUGACAUUACCAGUUAAAAUGUCACGUAGAACUAAAAAACUUUUCAAAAUUCUUAUUUUCUCCCAUUUUAUUUAUAUUUUAUUCAUAUUAAAUUAUGUUCCAUACCUAAAUAUUUGAUGUUAAAUGAAAGCCCUGUUUCCCCUGAAUAAAAUGAUAUAUAAUAAGUGUGGGUGCACAUAAUAUGAAAGAGGUGAAUUACACCUAAACAGACAUGUAGUCAAAUGCCAGGUUUUGUUUACAUUUUGCUUUGAUCACACCGUGUACAUUUGGCUCAGUCCUUAAGGGGUUAAGAUAAAGAUGUUUUGGUAAUAAUAGUGCCCCUUUCAAUGUAUACAACCACAAUAUGUUGGAAAAUGAGCUUCACUUAGGUAUGAAAAUCCAAACCAAAGGUAGCCCCCACUAAUGUAUUAGGAAUGCGGGUUUCACCUGUUAGGCAUCCACCAAUUAAAUGAAAUAAUAUACAUUGUAGCUUCUUCUACGAGAUGAAUGACACUGAAAAUGUGAAUGGUAUGAACCCAUUCCAAAUACAUAGUGCAGGAUUUUAAAAUGUCCACAUUUUUCCAGUGACUAUAUUUCUACUUUAUCUCUGUCUAACAUAUGGUAAUGUAUUUAUAUAUUGAAUAAAAAAGUGCAAAUCAGUUUACAAACAAACAUAACAGUGGGAAUGUCUGCUCUCUUUCUGUAUAGCAUAGCUCUUGUUAUAAGUACAGGGAGGAUUUGUCAAGUUUAUAUGUUUAAUAUUUAUGUUAUUAUUCUUUUUUAUACAGUUGACAAGUUGCCCACUAGACCACCAACUCUGAAACCAACAACAGCUAGUCCACCCUGCAAAUGCAAAGGGAAGGAACACAAUUCCAAAUACUCUGAAAAAGGUAUGCUCCCUCUUGCAGUCCAAUACUGAAUAGACUUUUUAUGAUUGGUGUGUGGCAUUUCAGGGUUCUAAGAGAAACGGUAGGGGAUAUGGUUUGGAUUUAAUAGAAAUUGGCAUUUUAAAAAUUAACCUUGUUAAACACCCACCACUCCCACCAUCUCAGCUGUCAAUCAGACAACAGGUCCUGUUAAUGCUUGGUUUGGUUAACUCAGUGGAGCUAAACUCAAGAGGCAGCAAUAGUUUAGGAAUAGGAAGUCUGUGAUUGGACAGUUACAGAAAAUCUGGGCGGGGCUAGAAGGGGAAGGUUUUCUAAUGCUGCAGAUAAGAGAUCUGCGCUUUUGCAAGUUGUUUUUAGAUAUAACCCCAAAUAAACGUGGUAUGCAUGUACUAAACAGUGAUUUUAUAGUUAUUUAUUUGGGAAGUAGAGUGUCUCUUUAAUUAGUCUAUGUAUUUUGGAUAUUCAUUUUUAUUGGAAGUGCCUAUAUCAGAAGACUUGAGUAUUGCUCUAGCAUACUAAAAAUGGAAGGGGGUUGGCACAAUUAAUGCCAAGGGUGAAGAGCAUCCACUGGCAGGGCAAUAAUAGAAGGAGGUGGGUCCAAUUAAUAGCAGAGGGAUUGGAUAUUUUUCUAAUAAUGUAAUUAAGGGGGAUUGCCCCACAUGAGUAAUGUCCUUGUGAUAUGUAGGUUCUCCACAAAUUAUGUGAGUUGUGGUGUUUGUUAUAAGGUGACAAUAAAAAUUAACUAAACUCAGUGUAUAGCAAUCAAUGGUUGGCUGCUACGUGUCACCUGACAUAUUCAAGAUGGCUGUUAAGAACUAACAAUCAGCUUCAACAGGGAAAUAAAAUAUGAUUUUAAGGGACAUCAAAACAACCUUAGCAUGAGGAAGCAGUUUUGGUGUAUAGAUCAUGCCCCUGUAAUGUCACUGCUCAAUUAUUUUUUAUUUAGGAGUUUAAAUCAUUUUGUUCAAGUGACUUACACAGCCUUCCUAAACACUUCUUGUAAAGUGAGAUGUAAUGUUUACACUUCCAGAGCAGGAAAUAAAAAUGUCUAAAGUUAGCGUCAGUGGUGGACUAAGGAGGGGCGGAGGGGACGGUCCGCCCCGGGUGCCACCUGGUAUGGGGGUGCCUUGACCCUGGUCUUGGGGCUGGAGGGGGCUGUGUGAGCUGUGCCCCAUGGCAGCUGGGGUGUCACACGGCUCACAUGGAGAGACCAGCAAGAUGAACUGGCGCACGGGAGGAAGAAGGGGCGGAGCUAUGGUCGUUUAGGGGGCAGAGCCUAACUGCAAGUGGGGGCGGGCUUAACACAGCCCUUACAAGCUGCUGUAACUGCUGCACAUGGAGAUGCAGCAAGCAGAAAUCCCUGCACCUCCACCUCCAGCCAGGGAAGGACUUCAGGCCAGGGAAUCCACUCCUCCAGCCCACACUGUCUGUAAGUAUAAGAGUGAAUGUCUGUAUGUAACUGCCUGAAACUGUGUGUGUGUGUGUGUGUGUGUGUGUGUGUGUGUGUGUGUAACUAUCUGCCUGGAAUUGUGUGUGUGUGUGUGUGUGAGACUGUCUGUCGGUAACUGUGUGUGUGUGACUGUCUGUGACUGUGUGUGACAGUCUGCCUGUGACUGUGUGAUGCUGCCUAUAACUGUGUGUUACUGUCUGCCUGUGACUGUCUGUAUGUAACUUUGUGCGUGGCUGCCUGUAACUGACUGUGUGUGUAACUGUCUGUAACUGUGUGUGUUUGUGGCUGUAACUAUGUGUAUGACUGUCUGCCUGUGACUAUAUGUGUGACUGUCUGCAUGUGACUGUAUGCGUGUGACUGCUUGUAACUGUGUGUGACUGUCUGCCUGUAACUGUGUGUGACUGUCUGCCUGUAACUGUGUGUGAGGGGGUGCAGGGAUUUUGUAGAGUGGGGCAGGGGUUUUAAAAUGUGUACACAUUUGUUCAAUAAAUUUGUAAAAAAAUAAAAAAAUAAUAAUUUAGUAGGUUUUUGUUUUUUGUUGGGGGGGGGAGGGUUAGGGGGAUGCCAAACCCAGGACCCGCCCCGGGUGCCACAUGCCCUAGGUAUGCCCCUGGUUAGCGUAUGUUUCUUGAAAAGGGCUGUUUCAAUCACAGCCAGGGGAGGUGUGGCUCGGGCUGCUUAAACAGUCAAAAAAGUGAUUGUAGUCCUAAAUGGCAGAUAAUUGAACAGUGAAACUCCAGAGGCAUGAACUAUACACAAAAACUGCUUCAUUAAGGAACACUGUAGGCACUUAAUCAAAGUCAUCUGGUUGUAUUUUCCCAGGUCCUUAAACCUGCAAAGGUAAUUAUUGCAGUUUUUAAGAAACUGCAAUGAUUACCUUUGUGGGUUAAGUCCACCUCUAGUGGCUGUCUACCAGUCAGCCACCAGAGGGACUUCCUGGUCGUUAGGCAACCUUUGGUCGCCUAACUGAUGCUGAAUGUCCUCAUGCUAUGCAGUGUCACCUGAAACAAGGGAGAAGAUGCCUUGUCAUGGGGGGGUUGGGGGGAAGGGGGGCGCUAUAGGGAGCCUAUAGUACCAGGAAAACAAUUUGUUUCCCUUUAAGCUAAAGUUAUUUUGCUGAGUAUAGUGUCCCUGUAAGAUGGCUUUAUGCAACUUUGUUUAAAUUUAGAUGGUGUUUGCUUCCUGUGCUUGGCACUUUGUGGGUAGUGUAAGGGCUUUAACCCCUUAAGGACCAAACUUCUGUAAUAAAAGGGAAUCAUGACAUGUCACACAUGUCAUGGGUCCUUAAGGGGUUAAAAACCUUAUGGAGCUGGUCCCGUCUGUCAUUUUUAUUUUACAUCCAGUGAAAAGUCAGAUAUUAGUAAACAGACCCCAUUGUGCAUAUUUAAUGACAAACCGUAAUCACACGACGGCCCUUCUAAUCUUGCAUUUAUCAAAGUAGCAGACAUUAGAAUUACACUUUAAAUUCACCGUCUGCACCUUAAAGAAUUAAUAUAGAAACGUCCGACCUGUUUUUCCUAACAAAGUGCUGUUUUUUUUUUUAGGUUUUAAAUGCAGCCCAUUCAUUUGGGGCCCACUGGCAGGAGGUGCAGUUAUUCUUAUGAUAUUACUGGGAUUCGUUAUUUCACAUACACGUCGUAAGUAUUGCCUUAAUAUUUAUUUAUACAGCCAAACAUUAGCCAACUCUGGACUCAUUUCCAAUGUCGUAGCUACUUCCUACCAGUCAGCUGCUAUUAAACAAAAUGCCUGUCGCUACUGUUAGCAGGUGGAGACGGUUUACUGAUUGCAAAAUGUCACCAGUCAUGCCGGCUGAUGCAACUUAAAGCCAGUGGCGAAGUUGAGACUAAAGGAUCCUAUUAUUCACUAAUGGUUCCCAUAACUGCUAUUUAGUGGCUUAUACAGCUGUUUACAACCAUGUGCGCUCCAUCUAAACCAUAAAAAGUUAGUACCAACCUUGGGCCUGUAGAAAAGACAUUAUCAAUGGCUAAAUCCUUACUUGCACAGUCUAGAAAAAUACUAUGUACUAUUUACAUUAAAAAUCUAAAGUGUAUAUCAAGCAUAUUAAACCAGAUCAUACUACAAUUAAACAAAAAGAUGGCCACAUACAUGAUAUAAAACGUAAAAUUAUUCUUUCUAUUAAGUACUAAUGGAAUGUGUCGUUUAAAUGAACAAUUCACAUAGCAGAAAGGAUCUUCAAAAGUUACCUAGAUAUAAAUCGGGCAUAACACAAAAUCACAGCUUAAUUAAUCCAUUGAAUACACUGUCUGUAGACAAUCAUAAUGUAGUGUUAGAUUUGUGCUAAGGGUGAGCCUUUUUUACUGGCAAGUUGUUGUUAAUAUAGUGACAACCUAUACAGCAUUUAUUUUUGUUCUCUAUUAUCAAAUGGCUAAUCUGGGUCAAGGUUGGAACCAGUUGGUAAUCAGUAGCCACUUCACAUUCUGGCAAACUCAUUAGCUCCUUUGGCUUCCAAUAUAAUUUCUAGACAAAUGACACGCAAAUCUACCUGUCCUCUCCUGAUCUCUCCCCGUCCCUCUUGACUAGUGUAUCUGACUGCCUCUCUGCCUCUUUCCAGCUGGAUGGCUGCCCACUUCCUUAAACUAAACUUGACCAAAACUGAAAUUCUGGUCUUUCCUCCCUCAAGUGUUGUUACUCCUGUGUCUGUCUCCCUCCAAGUCAACGGGGCUACCAUCAGCUCCACCAUGCAGGCUCGCUGCCUAGGUGUUCUCUUUGACUCCGACCUCUCCUUCAAGCCUCAUGUUCAAUCUAUCGCCAAAUCCUGUCAUUUCCAUCUCAAAAACUUUGCGCGCAUCCGCACCAACUUAACGCCAGAUGCAACUAAGGUGUUGGUCCAUUCCACUGUCCUUUCUCGUCUUGACUACUGUAAUCCACUUCUCAGUGGUCUUACGUGCUCCCAACUUACAGUCCAUAAUGAAUGCGGCAGCGAGGCUCAUCUUCCUGUCCGCCCGCACCUCCCAUGCCUCACCCUUCUGUCAGUCCCUACAUUGGCUUCCUAUAAAAUAUAGAGCUCAAUUUAAAAUUCUGGUUCUUGCUUUCAAAUCACUACAUAAUGCUGCUCCCAUCUAUCUAUCCUCCCUUAUACACAAGUAUGUCCCGUCUAGGCCCUUACGAUCUGCUGAAGACUUACGUCUAUCUUCUGUCCGUACUCCCACCUCUGAUGCUCGCCUUCAAGAUUUCUCGAGGGCUGCACCGUUCCUGUGGAACUUGCUUCCCUCCUCCGUUAGAUGCUCACCCAGUCUCCACUCCUUCAAAAAAUCGUUAAAAACCCACUUCUUCAUAAAAGCGUAUCAAUUAAACUGUUAAUAGCUCCUGACUGAUUCCUCUUCUGCAACUGUCACUAGUCUAAUACUAUCCUUACCUUUUUGUGUCAUUUUACCCCACUCCCUCUAGCAUGUAAGCUCUGUUCCUGUGUGUCCAACUUGUCUGGUUACAACUACAUGUCUGUUCGUCCACCCAUUGUAAAGCGCUGCGGAAUUUGAUGGCGCUAUAUAAAUAACAUAAUAAUAAUAAUAGUAACAGUUUAUCGCAGCUAUUUACUGAAAGUUUAGAAACUAACACUCUGUGUAUAAUUGAGUAGCUUUUUACAAAUGGUAUAACUUAAUAUAAAUAAGUUCAAUGCAAUCACACAUCAGGGCUGGGAUUCUCAACUUUUUUAUACAGAGACCAUCAUAUGCACAUGGCAACUGCUAGGUAACCCUUUCCUUAUUUGCAAAAUUAUCUCAGUAACCCAUUACUAAAUUGUGGCAAAAUAUCACUCUGAAAAUUAAAGUACGGUGAACACCAUGCUGUUUAAAAUCAGGUAUGCUAAUCACAAGAGUGCAUUGGGUGUACAGUGCGCAUAAUGAAUACUACAGCAUUCAGACUAUAUAUCAUUUCCUACAUAGAGUCAAUUUGCAUUCUUUUACUAUUAAUACAUGUGACAUGUGGUCAUUCCAACAUCGAAGCCUUUAAUGUGUAUCUAGUGCUGAAACCAUUUGUUACCUAGGACACAUAGAACGUAUUCAAUUAAACAAUCAUCAUUUGUAGAGAGAUGUAAGUAAACGUUGAGACCAGCACUAAGGGUUAAUAAAGUGAUAUUAAUCGUUACACUUUUUCUGCUGUUUAACACGUUAUGAAAAAGUAUUUUUUAUUUUAUUUAAAAGUCAAUCAUCGUAAUAAUACAUUGAUUGAUUGAUUAUUAUUUUUUUACAUUAGGAAUUCUACAAACUGGGGUUUAUUUACAAACCAGCGAAUUGUAGUGAGAUAAAAACUACAUUUAGGUAAAAAAAAAAAAAAGAAAUUAGAUCCAAAAAAAAUCCCCAAGUGUGUAAUAGUCAUAAAUCGGCUAUUUUAGCUUGAAUUUAGCAAUUCCGAGUUCAGAACAAUUCACUAUUACAGCACAAUAAAUAUAACUGUACUCACUGAAACUAAUUUUGAUAAUUUAGGCAAUAAUUAGGCAAUAAUUUGCCCACAUAUAUAAUUUGGCAUACAUCAUGCACGUGGCAUACAUCAGUUCACUUCAAUUUGGGAUUUAGUUUAUUUACACUGUAUAUAAAUAUAUAAUAUUAUUAUUUAGCUUAUAGUUAUAUCUCUUGCUUCUUUAUGCAUAUCUGAAAUAUAAUAUGUGUAGUUAUGUGUAGUUUACACAAAGGCAAAAAUAUACCCAAACAAGCAGUGGAAUUCAAAUAUCCGCAGUUUAAAAUAAAACGUAUUUAAAAAGCGCAAGUUGUGUAUUUUAUUUAAAAAGCAACAUAUUAAAAAGUGCAUUUUAAUUCUAUCCCCUAGGUGUCUACGUGAGAUCCCGUCAUUUCUUCACGAAGCAGUAAGUGUGUUUGUGUUAACUCUUGUUUGUGGUAACGAGCUUUGAGAUGCAAACGAUAAACGCUUGUAAAACCGCAUCAAACAGAUGUUGCAGUUUGUGUUGAGCAGUAAACAUCUUAUCUCGGGCUUUCUGCAUUAUAUGAUAAUCCUAGAGGUGUAUUACCAAUUGAAGAUAAGCCCUAAAUUUCAGGAGUUCACCUGGUUCAGAUGUCACAGUGGGUUUUCUCAUCCUUCACCUUUAGGAAAUUGCCGCAAAAUGCAUUGACUCAAAUCCUCCAUAGGAGUAGUUAUAAAAACAUGACACAGACUGUUUUUUGAUCUGUCAUAGUGUAGAAGAGAACGGUGUUCACAGUUAUUCACUAAAGUAAAAUCACUAUUUCUAUCAAAAAACUGUUUCAACCAUUUUCUUGUAGAGAGAUAUGAAAAGAAGUGAAAGACAGUAAAAUGCGUUGAAGAAAAUCACACUUUUCAACAAAUGACAUCUAUACUUUACUUGAUCUAUACGAUCUAAACUUUGUCUCUUUAAACCGGCUUUUCCUAUAUAAAUUGUGUAUCUCAGACACAGCUUUGCGAUGCUUCUCCUUAGAUGACAAAAAAAUCUAAAACAACCGCAUAUUAUAAUGGCCCUUGACACGUCUGAAUUGUUCAAGAAGGGAGUUGUCUGCCCUGAACCCACAAUAAUAACAAAAUCACAAGAAGUCUUUGCCACAAAAUGCUUUUUUUUUUCCAAGUUUUUAUUACAAAAUACACACUCAAAAAAGAAACAGCUGCAGCUUCAGUAUCUGUACAGUUUUCUAGCACAUUUCCAAUGGUUCAAUACAGUACACAGGGGUUAUAAACUGGCUGUUAAUUUGCAAAAAUUCUCUAAAAAAAUAAAACAUCUGUAUUUGACCACAAACUGCACUUCUGGCUUUCACUGAAGGUCAUUUGAAGACGAAUGUGGGGAAAUUCACCAAAUGUACUAUUGCAUCUUGCUUAAAGUUAGUGUCUGCUGAAAAAGUUAAUCGACAUUCCAGAGAGUUUAGAAAACUUAGAAAUACAGAAAUCAAGAAAAAUAAGUGAAAAGUAAAUCACACAAAUUGUAUGCAUUCAACAACCUCUCAUCCCAGCCAGUCCCCCCAUCCCUCCUCCCCACCGAUCCCUUCUCACAUAAUAACAAUAGGGAGUAUACUAAAGAUAUUGAGACCAGGUGUAUUGGUAUCCUCCUUGAAGAUGGCCAUUUCCACGACAUGAAGGACACUUUUUAACUGUAAUAACAUUGGGCAUUUGAACUCUCAAGUUACACCAAAAGAGAGAUGUGAUUGGCUGGAAUAAUACUUUAUAUAUGUUAGUAUAACAUAGUGUAAAUAAAUGCAAUACACGCGCUAAGCAUCAUGUACAUGACUAUUGCUACAUCUAUAAUGGCUAUAAUUCUGAAGUCAGCGACUUGGCUAGCUAUAUCUAUUUUCUGUGAGUCUAUAGGCAUUUUGGGUGGUUUUAUUUUCAAGAGGAGACUUAUAUCAGUGAUCAGAGUAUGAGGAUAUAUGGGUAUUAACUAACAUCAAUGGAUUUGGCAAAAUAAAUUAUUUUUUUUGUUUACAAGAAAGGCUUUUAAAUAGUACCCUCUAUGCCUAGUAGCAGGAGAACUGCAGUCUUAAAAACAGGAUUGAAAUCUUAUCCCCUAGCACAAUCAGUUUUUUUUUACCUGAAUGUAAAUAUCGGAGUCCACAUGUACCAGUAAUACUCACAAGAGACCCCUGGGGUUAUAUACCUGAAUUGUGAAUUGGUGCGACUUAACAGCCUAGUUUCAAUUUAUAUUAACAGAGCUCAACCUCAAAAAAAGUAUCAAAUUCUCCUCGUUAUGCUAUUUUUCUUCAACAUUUUGAAACUCGCAACUCAUUUCCAUUAUUUAGUAGCAAUGACCAAUAUGAUACAUUGUGCCCUAAAUAGCAGUAUAGUAAUUUAUAUAUAUAUAUAUAUAUAUAGUGAUAUCACUGCAGAAAUUAAUAAUAGUUCAAUUAUAGUUGAAUUCCCAACUCAUACAAUGACAUUUUCUCUUUCAGCUUUACCAAAUAAGAAGCAUGUUAUGUUAUUCUGCCUCUUGAACAACUGUCAGACUUUUGGACCUGGUAUCGUAAAUAAUCACUGAAAAGAUUAAGACUUCUGGGAAAUUUAAGCCUUAAACAGAUGGUUUCUUCAAAGUGGAUUUGGACAUACGUGUCAUUAAAUGUACAUAUCUGUAAAUAUGUGUAUAUAGAGUUUACAUUGGACUAUGGUCUAGGGUCGUACUGACUUCAGGACCUCUAAGUGAUACGGAAUUCCAAGAUUUUGCCAAUAUCACAUCAUAUGGUACUUUUCAUUUACAACAAUGACAAGACGUCUAUGGGAAAAAAUAAAAUCCUGUUUAGUCACAAUGUGAAUUGAUAUUUUCAUGUAAAUAAAUGUAUAAUC